AUGUCCUCUAGGAGCCCGCAUCGUGGACGAGGCUCUGCAAGAAGUGGCACCUUCCUGUCUGUGGGCAUGUCAUCCUCGUCGCCAUUGAGUCCCCGCGCAUCGUCGUCGUCGCUCUCACGGCAUGCGCAUCACACGCGGCUCAUCGCCUCACUCGCAGGUUCCACCGCCGGACCGACGGCGCCGAUGAUCGGGACAGCGGAGCUGUGCACCACCGGUGCAUCUCCGUCACCCAUAGACGUUUCGCGCCCAUCCACAUCCGUAGAGGGAAUGUCGUCUCUUACUGCGCUCACCGCGAGCUCUCGCCAAAGCCCAACUUGGAUCCCAACUCGCCUCACGUCAUCCUACUGUGUAUUGAGUGCGGCCGGGCUGCAGGAGGACUUCUACACAAGCUGUCUGUCCUGGGGGACCAAUCAGAUGGCGCUGGCACUGCAGGAGGAUCUCGUGCUGUUUCAUCCGAGCCACCCACGGCAGGCGUCGUCGACGGCACGCAUCUCGAACCCCCCUGCACCCGGGGAAGUUGGCAACAGUACCGGCACAACAUCCUCUGGCGCCUUCUCGGGUCCGCGACGGGCGACGGCGGUUGCGAUGACCCGCUGCCGGGAGACGUCCUGUUUCCUGGGCAUGUCAAACGGUGCCGUGGAGAUGUAUGAGGGACGCGGGGAUGGCACAUUGCACUGCACUGUUGCCUUCGCCAUGCCACCGCCGCCGACGGACUACCUGAGCUCGCUCGUACUCGGCCGUGGCGAUUGUGGUGGAGUUACCUCAGCAACCUCAUCAGCUUCUCGCGCGGCACGUGCGCUUGACCUUCUCAGCUCUUCUGUUUCGUCCAUCAGCUGCGUGGGCACCAGCAGUCGCCAUCCUUGGCUGGGGUCUGCCACCACUGCUGCCCGCGGAUUGAUCACCCUUGAUGCAAGGCAGGUGCAGCCUGCCAUUCGCUUUGGCACGGACGCCGAGCUUAGCCAAGACGAGCGCGCACCGAGAACAUCCCCAUUGUCUGCACCUGCCUCGUCGGCUGUUAGUGGCGAGCCCAGCAAGCUGCAGCGCGCCGCCACAUUUCUACGGCAGCACGAUCGACUGUGCAGCGUGUCGUGGAACGCGACGGGCUCGCUGGUAGCGACUGGCAGUGGAAGUGGCAUUGUAAAGGUGUGGUCCCUGAGCGCACCGCAGCGCCCCUUGCAUACCUUUAUCGUCGAUCAGGACUGCUCUGUGAAGGCCCUGUGUUUCCACCCUGGAAGUCCCUAUGUGCUGCUAGUGGGGGCCUCCGCUGGCGUGGCGGGGCUGCGCACGUACGACUUGUCCGGCGCCGAGCCCAUUUUGACCUCCGCUGGCGCCACGGCAGCUCCUGUAACACAGGCGUUGUACGAUCCCGAGGGCCAUUACGCAGUGACCGGGGCUGGCGUUCCUUUGUUGCCCGCUCCGCUCUCGUUAUCACCACCGGCCUACCCAGCGCUGGCCGCUCACGCAGAGCUUGGUGCGGCUAGCGGAGGUGAUGGCAGCGGCUUUCAUGAGUACGGCACUGGUUGGCACCGUUCCCCAUCAACUCGCCUCAGCGUAGCCAACAGCAGCAGUGUCAUUGGUGCAUCUGGCGGCUCCACUCUCUGGCACGGCUCGUGGAACGAGACGGAGGUGUUAGCCGCUUCUCCGAGCGCGACUCUUGACCCGACCGCCGGGUUUGCUGGCACCGCUGCCAGUGCAAACAGCAGUAGCUCAGCGGUAGCGCACAGCGCUCCACCAAAUGCGCUUGUGGUGUGGCGCUGCGGUAUCAGGCGCCGCGAGAAUUACCUCCGAGAGGCUCUUCUCCAGCGCCGCAACUCGCGAGGCGACAGCAAAGGCGGCCGAGACGACUUUAUUCGGCACAGUGACGACGCGGAUGAUGACUGCGGUACCGAGGAUGAAGACGUAAGCGACGUCGAAAGUGAUGACAUUGCCCAAGUGGACCGUCGCGUCCGAGAUGAUUUGUGGGAUUCUACCGCUAUCACCGGCCGCGGGCACAGCAACGCUAUCGGCUAUCCGAGGUCGGAGUGGAUGCCAAUGUACGCCCUCCCUGGUCAUCGUGCACGGCCGCUGCUUAUCUGCUCCCCCUUCCCGCAGUCGCCGUUUGCCGGCUGCUACGCGUCCAUUGCAGGCGGCGAGGAUGGCACGAUCCGUUUUUGGCGAUUCUUCGAGACCACGUCGGAUGCCACGCACUUGCAGCACCGUCGCCAAGCCCAGCAGCAGUCAGCGACGACUCAGGAGGACAUGGAUUUGCUCGCCACCCCAGUGCUGCGGUGA